AUGGGAGCAGUAGCAGCAUUCGCAGCGCACGCAUCAUCGAGACGUAUUUUUUUUACCGGUGCGCUUCUUCCGAGAAGAAAAAGUCACGGCGUUCGGAAUUUAGGCACCAGGGUACGCGACAGCGCGGGGAAGAACGACCGAGCGAACGAGGAAGAAGAAGAAGAAGACGAAUCCACUUCGAACGCUUUAGCAUCCCUAGAACGCGAACUUUCGUUACAAAUAUCCCUAGAAAACUACGCGGAAGCCGCAAAGUUACGCGAUUCAAUCGCUCUGCUCAAACGAGACGAUUUAGUCGCCGUGGAAACGUGCAACUCGUUAUUCUACGACGCAUUUCGGAGAGGGGAUUUCACCCUCAUGCACUCCAAAGUGUGGGGAAGCGGAGCGCACGUGCGAUGCACGCACCCGGGAAUGCCGACAGUUUUAGGCGACGAGAACGUGAAAGAGUCGUGGCGGAUAGUGUUUGAGUCCAUGGGAGGAGCAGGGGGAAGUGGGAGCGCGAGUUCGUCGACGUCGCAACAGAAGAUGGACGUGAAGUGUAAAAGCGUACAGGCGUACGCCAACGGGAAUUUGGGUAUCGUCACGUGCGAGGAGGUGGUGAUGCGAGCGAGCACGUUGACGUGUACGAACGUGUUUGAGAAGCAGGGAGGGGAGUGGAGGAUGAUUCAGCAUCACGCGAGCGCGGUUUUUCCGGGGUCAGUCGCGGCGGGGGGGAGUAGCGCGUCGUCUUCAUCGUAG